AUGCGCAGUAAGGUCGACCAGGUGACCCGGGUGUAUCAGCCCAUGUGGUGUGACCAACACUGGUACCUAAUGAUAAUCGACGUCCGUGAGCAGAAGCUGAUCUACGUAGACUCACUUAGAGACCCACGUGAAGCGGACGCAAGGAAAACGGCCAUGAUGCGCGUCGCGCUUUACCUGGAGGGAAUGACACUGGGAAAUUCGUGGCUCUCCGGUGACGGGGCGAUGCGUCCCCGGUUCUCUGCGUUUAAAUUUGAAGAGUCUGAUGUGCCUCAGCAGGCAGCAGACUCCAUGGACUGUGGCAUCUGGGUAGCACAAUGGAUGAUACGAGCGCACAUGUGGCAAGACUACGGGGUGCAGGUACGGUGGGAAACAGCUUAACAAUUUAUUCCAACUGAAGUUAUAAUUUUUUACUUCUUUAGCGCCACCACUAGCAAGUGACUAACCUUGCAUCCGUUGCUAUUGUGAGCCGUCUCAGCAUGUCAACGCUGCCACUCGGAUGCGCUUAGCAGUAGACUUGGUGAUGAAGUCUCAAAACCAACUUGCACAGGACUCCGUAUCCAAAGCAUUCGCACACUGGCAGACGGAAACUGCGUAGACUAAGCGUGCCCUUUCCAAGGCCAAGUCGCGAUGGUAAAUAUUUGUUACUCGGUAACGUGUGGGCAGUUAUUUUUUGGAUCGCCCAUCUGUAUUGGUUACCAUGGGGAAAUUAUUUUUUGUACAGAUCAGUUGUUUAGGAACUUUCGGGACAUUUGAUUUUUUGAUAGCACUUGUGUUCCCUUUCCGUUGGGCUAAAUGAUUUUUUUGAUUUGCCCUUCGGCGUGCUAUGAUCAGCUAGAUUGUUAAACCUUUAUCUUGCAUCUUUGCUGGACGGAUGCCAUUUUGAAGUACAGCGGGGCCUUGGAUGGAAAAAUGUAUGGCGUUGAUUUAGUCUUAUCGCCUUCUAAUGUGACA